UCCAUCUCCCUCUUAAAUCACAAGCCUGCAUUUCGCCUCUUCAUAUAUUCACUGCUACCUUCUUUCUCUUUCAAGCUAACACGGUUUUUUUACCAACUUUCCAUUUAGAGAAAUGCAGAAUAUGGGAGACUGGGAGCAAAAUAAGCAGCUGAUAAAUGAGUUAACACAAGGAAGGGAGUUGGCAAGGCAACUUCAAGCUCAUUUAAAUGUGCCGUAUUCUUCCCAUGAAACUCGUGAGAUGUUGGCGCAAAAGAUUACAUCUUCAUACGAGAAAGCGCUCUCCAUUCUCAACUUCAGCAGCAGUGCCUCAGCGGGCGAGCCACAGCUGCCUGUAGGGCUCGGAGUUGAGUCUCCGCCACUGAGUGGCAGCCCCCGGAGUGAGGACUCUGAUCGUGAUUUGAAAGACCAAGAUGGCUCGAAAAGGAGAAAGACGUUUCCAAGGUGGACAAAACGGGUGCGUGUUAAUCCUGGAGCAGGAUUGGAAGGGCCUCUUGACGAUGGCUUUAGCUGGAGAAAAUAUGGCCAGAAAGACAUUCUUGGAGCCAAACAUCCAAGGGGCUACUACAGAUGCACACAUCGAAAUAUCCAAGGUUGCUUGGCCACAAAACAAGUGCAAAGAUCCGACGAAGAUCCCACCAUCUUUGAAAUAACUUAUCGUGGAAGGCACACUUGUGCACAAGCCUCCAAAAUGGCUGCUUCUUCCUCAGCACCACUUGAAAAUCAAGAGCCAAUCAUCAACACCAAUAUUGAACCACUUCAACACAAUUUCCCACCACUGCAAAUUGCCCACCAACAACAAGAAGAGGCACUGUUGAAUCUGAGACAAGGCCUUAAAAUUGUUACAGAAGAUUUAGACUUGCACCAGCAAUCAGUUGCUUCGUUUCAUCUUCCACCUUCCAUGGUUGAUAACAGUUUUAAUACAGGAAGCUUUCCGCAGUCGUUUAUGUCUCCUGCAACUUCUGGGACUAAUUAUUUCUCGGCUUCUUCAAGUGGGAUGAAUAGCUUUCAGUCAGAGCUCAAUGAAAUUGUCUCGGCUGCUACUUCUUCAGCAACCAAUUCUCCGACUGUUGGCAGCUUCGAUUUCCCUUUUGGUAACGCUGAAUUCGAUCCAAACUUCACGUUUGACAGUUCACUGUUUUCCUCAUUCCGACCCUUCGGAAAAUGAAGAUAAUUUCGCUUAGCCAUGAAUCUUACUCUAAUUCGAAAUUUUUUGUUUGUCCCUUAAGAGGAAGUUCCACUGUCUUGAUUCCGAGAUGUCUAUCAAGUGUUGCUCAUUUACAUUUACUAAGUAAUGAAUCUCCAUUUUCACCA